AUGCUGCAAAUCGAAACUCCCGCUGAACCGCGUCCAGCUGAAACGGACAGAGCAGCCGCUUUUCAACAAGUAGCUACAAUGUUUGUUAAAUAUGUACAAAUAUUUCGAAAAUUAGAGCAAUGUUACGAUCAAAUUGUCCACCCACAGAAACGACGUUUGCUUCGAGUCGUACUGGACGGUUGUAUGGGAAGAAUUUUAGAACUUAAACAUGAAAUGAUUAGUAUGGACGCAUCGGAAUACCAUUAUUUCGACGAUAUAUUAGCUGACUUAAAAUUAACACCAAAUGAUUUAGAAAUUCCAAUUCCAACAUAUUUCGUACUGGAAAAAGCGCAAGUUAUUGAAAAACGAGAACGCUUGUUGGGUCAGAUUUUAGCACGAAUGUCGCUUGAUCAAGAUAAACCGGAUCAAAAUGCUCAAAUGUCUAUGGAUGAUGCCAUAAGAAUAAUUCAAUCACAUGAACGAGCACGACAAGGACGGCUACGGGCAAAACAAAUGAAAGAAAUUCGUGUCAAUGAACAACGGGCUCGUCAACGUGCAACAAUAGGUGAACCACAAAUGGACAAAAAUCUAGCAGCAACAAUAAUACAAAAAUAUUGGAGACGUUAUGUCGUUCGUCGUGAUACAAAAAAAUUUCGUGAUGAAGAGUACAUGUUUUUGGGAAUGGCAAUGCCAAAUUUUCCCAAAGAUCCAUUGAAGAAACUUCUCGCCGAUGUCAAGGGUCAUGAAGAAGAACGACGAAAACGUCAAGAAAAACAUGAAAUUGCAUAUCAGCAAGCUUUGAUAGCGACAAGAGAAAAAAUUAGACAAACAGAAGGACCAGAUAUGAAAGAACGUUUGCAAGAUCAAAUUCGUCAGUGGUUUAUUGAGUGCCGAAACGUAACUCAAAAAUUUCCCGAUUUUCCUGAUGAAGAUGAAGGAGGAUCGAAUAAAAUUUUUGAGAAGAAAGACGUCGAACAAGUUCAGGAAGAAUUAGAAGCGAAACUGGAAUCGAAAGGCAAAGGAAAAGGCGACAAAAAAGGAAAAGGUAUAGUUCUUCUUUUGUCCUCAUGGGUAUUCUAUAA